AUGGUCCCCGACAAUGCCAAAGCAAUAGAUGUUUAUGCUGGAAAGUACCACACAAUCUCGCUGCAGCUGCAGCGAGGUGACGUCAUAGCAUGGUGGGCUGUCGGAAACAGAAAUUUCGGUUUCGGAUUGUUCCAUGCACAAAACGACGACGAUAAUGAUUAUGCCAUUAUGGACCAAGUAGUGCCAACAUUUCCGUGGAUGCCUGGACCAACAGUAACACCGCUUGAUGAUAGCGUCAAGAUCGAUGGCCUCUAUAAAAUCUGGAUCAGCAAUGAACGAUCGUGGUGGUCGACGCUAAGCGUUCAACUCCGCGUAGAAGUAAAUGGGCGGAGCGAAAAUCUGACCUCGACGUGA